AUGGGAAGCAAUGGCUAUCUUAACGAUAAUUACCAUAACGAAAAGCAUAAAUAUAUUUUUCCUAAAGAAAAUAAUUUUGAUAAAAUUCGAGACAAAUACAAUGUACAAAACCAACAUGCAUUGAGAAAGCAUAUUAACGAUGAUGAUGCAAGUAAAGCUUUUACUGAUUUAUUGCAAUUAAAAGUCUUAAAUAGUAAACAAUCAUCUUGCUUUAAUUUGACAUCGAAAUUUGAGGGAUAUAUAUUAGAUAAUAAUAAUUUCAUUAAAAGUGCUUCUAAACAAGCAUUCACGAUUAAUAUUGACAAAGUUGAACCAAAAACUCAACUAAACAAUGUAAUCGAAAAAGUGGAAAAGUGUAACAACAAAUUAGAUGCAUUAUUCAAACGAAACCUUAUGUCUUGUAAAAAUAUUUCAACCAUUUUACCUUGUCUUUCUGUUUUUCUUGGAGUACCACAACAUUCUUCUUGCAAACUGCUUGAUCGAAUAACGACUACAGAGUGUUCAUAUAGAAAAUGGGAAAAAGAAGAACUCAACAUUUCAAAACUAAACAUUAAUCCUACAGAUGACUUUAUUGCAGAGGUUAAGAAUGCGUUAAAUAGUGAAAAUAAAGAGGUGCAACUUCGCAGGAUAUCAAAGGAAUAUGGCAAUUUUUACGCACUCCGAGUCAUCGGUGGAAUUAAAGAACAUAUUAAUGGUUUUUCUUUAAAAUCUUGGAUUAAAUCUCUUAAUAAUUAUGAUGCCUGGGAUAUUAUUGAAUACGAUGAAAUUUAUUCAAUUUUUGAUAUAUUAGAUGAUAAUUUACAGAAUGAAAUUUUUGAUGCUCUAGGCCAUCGUAUUUUACAAGCGGGUGUCAAUGAUAUUCCGUUAAAUUGGGAUUUUUCAACAAAUGCGACAUAUGUUCAUUCACUAUCCAUGCAGUUUAUGGACUUAAAUGAAAUUACUAAUAUUAAUAAUUGUUAUAUCUUUGCCUCAAUUAUUGACAAAAGUGAUAGAGAUAUUUUUUCUUUACGAAUAGCUUAUAUGAAUGAGCAUAUACCUUUAAUCAUAGUUCAUCGUAAAAAUUCUUUACAUAAAAAAUAUCCAAAUAGUCCUAUAAAAGUUGGGUGGAUCAUUGUUGGUCAGCCUAUAAACUUUGAUUUUGACCAGGCAAACUAUCCUGUGGUGCUCAAAAGUGGUGGACUUCCUAUUUCUAAAGUAGACAACCAGUAUAAAAUAGAAUUUCCUAAAUAUGGAGAUAUUAUAGAGUCUUGCAUAUUAAACACGUGCAUGCUUGGAUUACCAAAAAUUAAUUCAAAAUGUUCAAUGCGUCUUUCAGUUUAUGAUAUUAAAGACAUAAAUCAACUGAUUAAUGAUGAAAAUGGUUCACAGAGAACAGCCUCAUUUUGCUGGUAA